AUGGCUGAGAAUGCUAAAUUUAAAUGUUGCAAGAACAAAGAUUUGAAAUUUUUUGUCUGCAUUGUAUGCACAGAAAUUUAUCAUCAGAGCUGUGUGGAUCGCCGAAAUUCGGUUAAAGUAAUAGGAGGCCAUCGCAUUUUAUGUUCGAAAAAGUGUGAGCAAGAGCAAGAUUACCAAAAGGCUUCUGAACUGGCUCUGCAACAGAAGUUUCAGGAAUCACAAAUGGAACUUCAGCGCGCUAAAGAAGCCCUGGAAAGUUUUCACGACAGCUAUGUAGAAAAAGAUCAGACAUUGAAAAAACAAAACCUAGAGCUAGUUCAACAGCUCGAUGCCAAAGAAAGUUUCCUGCGUAGAGAGAUGCGAAAAUCACAGAGCUUUCAUGACGAUGCUUUGGAAUCAGAGAAGGAAUAUCAGGCAAAGAUCAGCCACCAGCGGGAGGAUACACCAAGAAAGCUUCAAACUCUCAAGGAAGCUGAGAUUGUUUUUAAGGCCGAGGUUCUUGAAAACCCCAAACUAAACCGACAAAUGGUGGAUUCCAUGAGAGCACUGGAGGCUCAGAGUGAUUUUUAUGUUGCGGAGAUUGGGAGGCUGAGAGAUGAGCUUAAGCAGCAUGCAAUAGGACAACAGCCAUCCUGCCACUCUGAAAGUUUGGUUUCCCUUGAGGCUCAUCCAGUAUUAGAGGCAGCAGGAAAAAAAGGGGCGAAAUAUCAGGAGCGCCCAAAUUAUGACACAGCUGACGGAGGUUGUAGGAAGAAGAAGCAGCCAAGGAUACUCAUAUUAAGUGAUGAUAAUGGUCGGGACUUGGAAAAAUUUCUAGGUCGAAGUCCUAAUAAUUGUGAGUACGAUGUUUUAAAUAUAUUCAAACCGGGUACCCCUGCACAAAGUGUUAUUGAAGACAUAAAUAUGCUGACUGUUGAAUUUACCUUCAGAGAUUAUGUAAUUUUGAUUUUGGGUUCAAAUGAUUUGGCUAUGAAUAGGAAACCAUCUUUUGGGCUUAUUCUAUCAGCAUUAAAGAGUUGUACCCAUACCAAUGUUGGAGUCCUAUCAGUGCCUCACAUAAAUGGUUAUGCAUCUAGGAAUAAUAAAAUUUUUGAGGUCAAUAAAAGGUUAUACGGACUUAUUUGUAAAUUGUCAGGUUAUAGUGAGGGAAAAUUAUGCUUUAUUGAUUACAACUCGAGAAAGGGCAUUAAAAACAGUCGAAAAGACGUAUGCAAAGACAUUUCACAGUUUAUCAACUCGGAAUUGUCUUAUAAUCGUAACCUUAUUUUUAUUGACACAGGUAAUAGGAAUGAAUAUGAAAAUAUCUUGGAGGAAUCGGAAAUAUUGAAUGUGAGAUUGAAUGGUUGUAAUUUUGAUUAUUAUGGUCCAGUUGUUAUGGAUUAUAGUCAAAAUGUAUUGAAUGAUUCUUUUUUAUCCCAAAGAAUAGAAUCCAGAACUCAAAUGACCUAG